AUGCAUCCUAACUCAGUGGCAGCAGUGGUAUCGUCUCCUCGUUAUCAUUAUCAUAAUGAGACAACUGAUCUCCCACACGUGCCUGGUUCCAAACUCCGCCUCUUGUGCAGCUACGGCGGCCACAUCAUGCCACGUGACAACUCCCUCUACUAUGUAGGUGGAGACACUCGCAUUGUGGCCGUGGACCGCCACUCAUCCUUAACACGCCUCUGUGCUCACCUCUCUUGCAAUCUCCUUCAUGGAAGAAGAUCAUUCAAUCUCAAUCUUAAGUACCAUCUUCCCGAUGAAGACCUUGACAAUCUCAUCACUGUUUCAACCGAUGAAGACCUCCAAAAUAUGAUCGAAGAGUAUGAUCGUUUGUCUUCAAACUCUUCCCCCUCCCCUUCUCGACUUAGAUUGUUCCUCUUUUUCUCCAAACCAGAAACUGCUGUUUCCAUGGACACUCUCCACCAUGACUCUAAUCAUUCGUGGUUCGUGGAAGCUCUCAACAACUCAGGGAUUCUCUCUCGAGUUGUUUCUGAUUCCGCUGCAGUUGUUGAUAAUUGCCUCCUCAACCUUGAUGAUUAUGAAGCGAGUGCUUCUAGCUGCAACGAUGAAAAUACUAAUAAUAAUGUUAACAAGGAGCAUUUAAUUGAUGUGGAUUAUUCUGUACCUGUGGACGAGGAGGACAACAUGUUUAAUUAUUCAUUUGAUAAUCUUCCUCAAAUACGAGUUCGCGCUGAUGAACAAAGGCCUGUUGAGAUGGAGCAGCAGCAACAGCAGGAGGAUAACAACUUUGACGAUGUAAAAGUGGCUAACGUGAAGCAAGAUGAUGCUUUUCUUGUGCAAUCACAGGUCAAAAGUGAUCAAAAUCAGCAAGAGGAACAACUAAACAAUUCUACUUACGUCUUGUUGGGGUUGAUUGCAAUGUAA